AUAGAUCUGGCCCCUCAGUUCUGCAGCUAUAGUGAUGGUUAAAAUGCAAAUGACUUAAUAUAGUGGCAUUAGGCCUGAACUUGUAGCUGUGAUCAUACUGUAUUCAUGAUGAAUGAAUAUAAUAGUGUGAUUAUAGUAAAAAGUAGGCAGAGUCAGUAGACAACACUACUGAUAUGUGUAUUUAUAUUAUCUGAAAGAAAUGCACACAGGAUAAUGGCACAGUUUUUGAGGUAAACAUUUGAAGAGAUGAGAUUAGGAGGAGGAUGUUUGAGCAUAAGUUUUGUCCUUUCAACCGGUGAAUAUAUUUUAUAUAUUGAUUUUUCAAUCAAUACCUACUAAGUGUCUUUAUAUUUAAAAAUGAUAAAUAAAAGAAACUAUUGAAAAAAAAAAAAGAACCGUAGAUGAUGACGUAUGCAUGCUAUUACAUCGCUAAAUGUAUUCUAUUAUAUAAAUUUAUUUUCAUAAAUACUUGACUUUAUUAUGUACCUGAUCAAAAUUAGACGAUAUUUCUCCCAUUAGUUUUCCUUUUGAGGCUAAUAAGUUAUCAAUUGAAACCCUCAGUAUUUCAAAUCGUAAUCCUUUGUGGUAUUCGGUAUAAAACACCUAUUCUAGAAAAAGGUUGCACUAUUAUUAAAAAAAGUGCCAUUUGAAGUUUUGCAAUUUUUUUAAAAUGUUGUUUUCAAUCAGCGGUUCUCAACUUUCCUAAUGCGCAAACAUUUAAUACAGUUCCUAAUGAUGUGGUGAACCCCCAACCAUAUAAUUGUGAUCGUUGCUACCUCAAAAAUAAAUGUGUAUUCCGAUGGUCUUGGGCGAGUCUGAUUUAUGGUCAUUCGACUACCAACAUUUUCCAUCAACAACACAUAUACUGCAUAUAUAUAUAUAUAAUUUAGAUAGACUGUUUACAUGUGUUUAGAUAUAUUUUACGCUUAACUGUUGGUCCAAGAAACUAUCAUGUGCAGCGGCCACACCCAAGAAAACGGCUUCAAAUAGAAGGCAAAACAAGGUUAAGGGUAGACGAAAUACCUUAAAUUCUUUUCGAAUGUAAAAACUGACUUUAGCCGAUUUCACAGAGGGACAAUUCAUUGGUGAGUUAAUGGGCAGAAAAGGUGAGACAGCAGCCCAAUGUGGAUCUCGAAGGUCAUGGUAAGACACGUAGAUUGUCAUGGUCAUCCGGUGCUCCCACUUUCAUUCAUCUGUUUCGACUUUGCUUCUGUAUCCAGGUGGCGUUGAGUGAGAGCGUUAGUUUGACAACUCGUGCAAUUCUUGCACACUUAAAUCCAAGUCACAGGGAUGACAAUGUUUUUCAACAUCAAUUCCAUCUCAGUGUUCAUCAUCAACAAAUUAUUAUGGCGAUGGGCAAGUGGCAAUACAGCUGUUGAGGCAUUGUGGGUACACAGGAAGCCAUAGUGGCAAACGUGUACAUAUGCGACCGAAGCCAUAAGACUGUUCAUCACUAAUAAAAAAAAAGCAACAGUUUUGCCUGGACUGAGCAGUCCACUUUAAGAAGACACCUCUAUGGCACAAGGGGUAUGCUAGAAAGUGUGGUCCUGUGUGUGCUGUCAAAAUUUUAACACAUUUGUAAGCUUAAGAUCCUGACAGUAUAAUGAUUAAAGAGGAUGAUACUCCAACAGAGUGUUGUUUUCAGUUUCAUUUGUGUUGAGAGUCACCUGUGCUGAGGCCUGUGCUGAGGCCUGUGCUGGGGCCUGUUUGGCCACACACAUAGAUCCUUAACAUUGUUCUUGGGUCCAAAAGAGUUCCGGAGGGGGAUUUUCACCGUCUUCUAAAAAAAAAGGUUCCAGGAAAUAUAUUAUUUGAUACCAUUGGCGUUGCUAAGGGUGCAGGGUUGUGGACCGCACUAGUUGACACCAUCUCAGAGGUUAACACCAAAUAGAAAAAUUGCGUAUUUACAGAGUACACAUUGCUCGAUCUAACCAAAUGUUCAUAACAAGGAACCCGAUCACACGUAAAUUUUCCACACAUGAAACUAAUUACAAAUGCGUGAUCCAUUAAAAGUUCAAGUUUGAAGCAAUAGAAGUGAAGUGACCCUAUAAUUAGGUCAGGUAAAUUAAGUUUUUACCAUGAUUCAAUUCUGAUUGAAGUCUUCGGUAGCUUUUACACUUUUAUACACUUUUACAGAAAAUGCUUCAUAUGUUAACUUUUGCGUGAAUAUUUCCUUCUUUGUUUCAUCCACUCAUUGAUGGGAUUUUAAUUGAACACAUUAGAAUGUCAGUGAAAAGACUGCACACAAGACAGAGGGCUUAUCAUGCUGCUGUUAAAACAGUAAAAGAUAAGUGAUGAAUGUGUGGUGGCGAUUAAUGCUAUAUGUGACCCUCUUGAUACAAGUGAUACAGCACAAGGUCCUUUACAUCAUGUCUGUGGUUUCUUGUUUAUCUCCUACUUUAACCUUUGGGCUGAUCUACUUGAGGAAGUCAAUCUUCCACACCAGUAUCUACAGACUUAAGGUUUUACUAUUGACAAAGUGGUGACGAACCUUAAGGCC